ACCAAAACAUAACAAAGAGAAAAGACAAAUCAAACAUAGACACAAAUACAAAGUAGGAAACACCACCACAAUUUCCUUCACCAAACCAAUAAUUCAUCUUCAAAUUCAAAUUUCAAUGUUCAUAUAUUUUUCAAGGAUUAAGUGUAAAUGCAAUCACACAACAUUUUGGUAGAUUAAGUGUAAAUGAAAAUCUCAAAAGAAACAUCAUGUUACUCUUACACACAUCUCCCAUGGCCAUGUCAACCUCGUACAGAUCAAAAUCACUUAGUUUUUUCCUACCGUUUUCGUGUCACCUGCACGGUGAGUCUUCUACUCUUAUUCACCACCGUCUACAUUUUCUGGCCGUCGGAUCCAUAUCUCAAGAUCGUACGGUUAAAACUGAAGAAGAUUAAGAUACAUCGUGUGCCACGCAUCACCGUAGAUAUUUCCAUGCUUCUCACGCUGAGAGUGCAAAAUGCUGACAUGUAUUCAAUGGAUUUCGGAGCGGUUGACGUGGCGGUAUCUUAUAGGGGGAAACCAUUAGGUCACGUGACGUCGGAGAAUGGGCACGUGAGGGCCAUGGGAUCUUCGUUUGUGGAUGCUGACUUGGAAUUUGCUGGCAUUGGUGUGUUGCCGGAGAUAGUGUUUUUGUUGGAGGAUCUGGCUAAGGGUACGGUGCCAUUUGAUACGGUUAGUGAAGUUAAGGGCAAAAUGGGGAUUCUAUUUUUUUAUUUUCCUAUUAAGGCUAAACUAUCAUGUGAGGUUUUAGUGAGUACGAUAAAUCAGACAAUUGUUCGUCAACAUUGUCUUUAUGAGUGAUGUGAAUACAAGAACUAGCCAACAUUGAAGAAUGUCAGAAGAUGUCAUGUUAGACCCUAUUUGUAUAUAUGCAUCCACUCAUUCAAAUGGUUGGUAGUCCAAUGUAAUAAAAUUACAUAUACUGUAUAUGAUUAUGAUCAUUAAUUGUACCAAUGAUGAAGAUUAAGUUAUGUAAA